AUGAUGUGCAGCUUGUCCCCAUUACAGUUGUUUACGCGCACUCAUUGGAUCCACGGGCUUUACCCAUGCGUCAUCAAGAGGUUAUCCUCAUCGAAACGAUGGCAAGCUCGUCAAUUAAACGACCGAUUCUCCCGGGAGGCAGCUGUACAAGGCCUAAAGAGCAGAGCAGCCUUCAAGUUGCUGCAGAUAGAUGAGAAGCACCAUAUCUUCAGAAGUGGCCAAACAGUCGUCGAUCUGGGAUAUGCUCCAGGCUCGUGGUCUCAGGUUGCAGUGACCCGCACGCAGCCCGGUGGACGAGUUCUUGGUGUUGACAUAAUUCCGGCACAACCCCCGAAAGGCGUGUCUACCAUACAGGGCAACUUUCUGUCACCGGAGAUUCAGAAAUAUGUUCGAGAAUUUCUCCGAGACCCAAAGAGGGGAAGGCCACUUUUCCAGAAGACAUCGUCUGUUCUCGACACGCGGGACGUCGACACGCGGGACAUGAUGAGGCGGCAGUAUUUACACAGGAUUAAUAAUUUAGCAACGAAAGAUGGUUCUGAGCCAGCUCAUUUAGGCGAUCCAGAGUUGGAGAGGACGGUGGAUGUGGUUUUGAGCGAUAUGAUGAUGAACACGAGCGGUUUAAGUUUUAAGGACCAUAUCGGAAGCAUGGACCUCUGCCGCACUGCAUUAAAAUUCGGGUUUGACACCCUGAAGGAAAAUGGUCAUUUUGUUUGCAAGUUCUAUCAGGGUGUGGAGGAUAAGAAAUUCGAGAAACAGCUCAAUGAACUGUUUCAAAAGGUCCAUCGACUGAAACCGGAAUCAUCUCGCAGUGAAUCGAAGGAAGCUUACUUUGUCGGCCUCAGGCGAAAGCGAAACGUGCCUGAAAGUACUGUAUUUGCUCACCUGUGA